GAUACGGUUCGCGCUUUUUCGCGAACAGUCGUUGCAAAAAAUUGUCGCGGCUCGCAGUAAGCUGCCAAAAGCAGCCGGAUGUCGUGAAUUAACGCCCCGCGCUUUUUUCUUUUUUCUUGUGUCGCAUAUGCCGCGUCUAGCAAUGUGAUUGGAUUUCAAUAGUGCGAAACGCUCUUGUAGACGCUUGCUGAAAGAUUGAUGGCGGGUGAGAUUUUAUGCGUUUUUCGCGUUUGAUAAGAUUCUGGAAUGUCGAUAUCAGUGGUAAACGUUUAAUUAAAUAAGCCUUGGCCGAGUCAUACGAGAAUAAAUACAUGACCAGAAGCGAGCAAAGAGCCGUAUGCAGAAUGCUCUAAAAAAGGUAGCGCACGGGGUGAUUCAUUUGCCGAUUGCGAUUCAGGCGAUCAGUGUCAUCGCGGAUCUGUCGUCGCGAUGCGUACAACAGCCGUAAAAUCGCAAUCAUCGCCGUCAUCGCCGUUGUCAUCGUGCUGCAACUAUCAUCGAGGAUGAUUUGAGAUCGGUUAAACGGCGCGUAACACCGCAGCAGGCCGAAGAUGGACGUGGUGACGCGAGCGUCGUUGAGCUCCUUGCAAAAAGUGGACGACAAACGCAUCGUCUCCCCUAACAGCCUCGACGAAUGGACGUGGUGCACUCUGAGGAAACAAUUCAAAUAUAAGAACUUGGAAAAGCUGUACACGAUCUAUCAGAGGAGGCUACAAUAUGGUUAUCUCUCGAUAUUCAUUUUGCUGCAAUUGUUGCUCGGACUUACAUAUUGCUUCACUCUGAUUGCAGUGGUCAAAAUGAAGGAAUGCUGGAGGGAUAUCGUGGCUUAUUGCACCGUGGGCGCUUUGCUGUGUCCUAUGAUCGCUCUGUCGUUCAAAUCGAAGAUCAUUGCCAGAAACACCUAUUUGCCAAUUAUGCUAUCCUGGCUGAUCGUUAUCCUUCUGGUCAUUGGUGACGUGGCCAUACCUCUGUAUUACACCUUCGCCUACGAGAAUAUACCGUCGAUAAGACCGGCAUACGCGACGCACGCUCUCCUAGCGUGCUACGUGUUUCUACCGAUCACGAAGAAUUCACACGCUUUUGUACUCGGCUUUACUGCCACCACAUGUUACCUGGCGACCCUGUGGCUAGUCACCUACAACAACACGUCCGACUGCAUUACCAAGAUCCUCACCGACGCGUUAUACUUCGCGUGCGUGAACUGUCUGGGGCUCUACUUUAGAUUUAUGAACGAGGUCGUUAUCAGGCGCUCCUUUCUAGAUCGUCGAAAAUGCGUCGAAUCCACGCUCAGGCUCAAUUACGAGAAGGAUCAAGAAGAGCAAUUAACGCGCAGUAUUUUGCCGCAACAUAUAGUAGCAAGGAUAAAAAAAGACUUCAGGGACAUCUUCAAGUUCAUAGAAGAGCACAAGAAAAGCCCUCCGCCGAAAGGCAGGCCGCACAGCGAUUUAUGUGUGGAGACCCACAACAACGUGAGCAUCUUGUACGCGGACGUGGUGAAUUUCUCCGGACUGACCAUAACAUUACCGAUCCGAAAACUCGUGGAGACCUUGAAUGAUCUAUUCGGCAGUUUUGACGAAGCUUCGGAGAGGCACAAUGUACUGAGAAUCAAAUUUUUGGGCGAUUGCUACUAUUGCGUAAGCGGCGUGCCCACGCCGAAUUCGCAACACGCCAAGAGCUGCGUCGAUCUUGGCCUCGACAUGAUAAGAAUUAUCAACGAGGUAAGAGCACGAGUCUAUCGCGAAAGCGGUGUGGAUGUUAACAUGAGGAUCGGCGUGCACUCGGGCAACAUAAUAUCCGGAAUCUUAGGCACGAACAAGUGGCAGUAUGACGUUUGGUCGCGCGACGUGGUGAUAGCAAAUAAAAUGGAGCAGACGGGAAAACCCGGCAAGGUUCACGUGACCCAGCAAACACUCGAUCUAGUGAACGCUAGCGACUACAAUUGCGUUCCGGUCGAAAGGCUGGACGACGAGGUCCUGCGAAAAUACGGGAUACGCAGCUAUCUCAUCACCCCGUCCUUGCCGGAAACGACGCUGACGCCGUCGCCGUCGCGGCGAACUUUGUUGCAGAACAGCGAGAACAUUUUGAAAGUUAAUUCGGACUCGCCGCAACUGUCAUACUCGUUGUCCAACAAGCAUUACGUCAAAUUUUGCAACGGGCGUUCCAAUACCGCCAUGAGUACCAUCUCCAGGACAAAACUGACGGUGAACAGUCAGGCGGAUGUUUUCGCGACCACUUACAGACGGAGAACACACUUCAUGGAUUCUUGUCUGCGGGACUAUCAUCUGAUGCUGAAAGCGGCCGACGCCGAGAUGGAGAACGCUAUUAACCAGAUGCCGCUCAGCAAAUGGGAACAAUGGUGUAAAUGGGAGCACAUAAAUCCACUUUUUCUGACAUUUCGAGAAUGGAACUGGGAGAUUCCAUUUUUACGCGAACCGGAUCCUCUUUUCAAGUUUUACAUAGGUUGCUCAGUGUUCGUGUUAAUCUUUAUGGGAACGAUGUGUCUCGUACCCAUGGUUAUGCUCUCCCAAUGGAAUCUGAGCACAAUCGUCGGCUAUUCAUCGGCAAUGAUGUUUCUAAUAGCAUUGAUACCUCUCACGUGGAUGCACUACAUGUGGAACCGCUGCAAGGACCCGCACGAUGAGCACGAAGGACACGUUCCGCAACCGCGAAACAAACUGCUCUAUUUUUUCUACCAGACAAGCGUGAAGGUUGUGUGGAGCGCUCUUCUGAGAACGAUCUUGUACCUGGUGAUCACGAUAAUGCUGGCGGCAUGCGCCACCUUCGAUAUGCUUUUUGAAUGUAAGAACACGGAUUCAAGAAAUAACAGCCUAGUAAUCAGUAUGUCGGAAAUCGACGCGCUCAACUUAGGAUGCAUAGCAACACCUUGGCAAAUGACGGAAACCUGCUCGUUAGCGAUCAUCACGAGCUUCCUCUUCCUGAGAAUCCACUACGCUUUCAAAUUUGUGAUAGGCGUUUGCGUGGUAGCUUUUUACGCUUGGAACGUUUGGGAAUAUCGAUCUAAUAUAUUUCAGCCAAGCGAAACGUGGAAUCCUCACUUAGACUCAAGAAUAGCGCAUAUAUUGUGCGUGGUGUUUCUCACGUUUUCUUUACAUCUUAUCGAUCGACAGGCAGGGUACUUGAGUAGAUUGGAUUACCAAUGGAAACGUCAGCUGACGAAGGAGCAGGACGAAGCAUUUCACACGAGAAACGCCAACAAGCUUCUACUGCGUAAUAUUUUGCCGGAACACGUUGCGGAGUUUUACUUGAACAUGAACCGAACCGAAGAAAAUGAACCUUAUCAUGAAGCGCACAGCAAUGUCGCCGUGAUGUUCGCCUCUCUGACAGAACUAUCAAUCGAUGAGAGUAACAUCUUGAUCGAUCUGAACGAGAUCAUUUGCGAAUUCGACAAACUACUCUUCGAACCCUGCUUUGUAUGUCGUAUAGAGAAGAUAAAGAUUGCCGGAACAACGUACAUGGCAGCCUGCGGAUUGGAAGCGAGCCGACGCGAUUCCACGCAUAGCAGCGAGAGCGACGAGAGUUACAGCGACAAUGUGGUCAAGGUGAUGGCGCAAUUUGCCGUACAAAUGAUGUCGGUACUCGACAAAAUGAAUGCCAGAUCUUUCACCACAUCGAAACCUUACAAAUUAAGAAUCGGAAUCUCUCACGGAGAAGUAACGGCCGGCGUCGUAGGAGCUCAAAAGCCGCUCUACGAUAUUUGGGGCGACGCAGUGAACAUGGCAUCUCGGAUGGACACCACCGGGUUACCAGGCAAAAUACAAGUAACAGCAGAUACGGCUGCCGUGUUGGAACAGCAAGAUGUCAAGUGUCAUCUACGCGGCGAGACGUACGUCAAGCCAAAGGGAGAGGUCACGACAUACUUCGUGGGCGUCGACGAGCAGGGAGUGCUGGAAAGAGCGGAUUCUACGGAAGAGGAAAGCACUAGUUUGUGACAAAGGACGAACGAUGAUUCGACGUAAUUAUAAUGAUUAAGCCGUGUAUCUCCCGGUCGAUAAAUCGUCUAUGCAGGGUGUUGCCGCAAGCCGUUUUCUCUUAUCAUACUUGUUGCAUUGAUACGUGUGUCUAACUAAUUAAAAAGAUUUCAAUGAUAAAAGAUUAUAUAAAGUGAGAUCCUGUGAGGUAUAUCAUAAAUUGAUAAUUGAAAACUGUAAUAAUGAAAAAUUUCUAGAGUUAUCCUGAAAUGUAGAUGAUAAUUACAUCUAAUUGUUUCAUACACCGAAUAUUAUUCUGCACUUAGAAAAAGAUAAUCACCGUCACCGACAAAUGAGGUUUUAAGCAAUAAAUGGAUCACUAUUGAAAUUUAUAACGACACGUAAAAUGUCUCAUAAUAUUUGUGUACAUGAAAAUUUAUAUAUGAUAUUCAAUGUGAUACAUGUAUCUCAAUAUUAAAUAGAGAUUAAUAUUAAAUAGAGUCGAUGCAAAGCCAUGUCGGCGUGAUUUGAACAUAAGAAACGGCUUACGAAUGACAUCCUGUAAUGUUUAAGCGAGCAGGAGAAACCAAAGAAAGUGCGAGAGACCAAAGAACGCGAAGCACGAGAUAACGAAAUAAAAUAACGUAAAAGAAUAUACCUCAAAUGAUUUAGGUUAUACUCGAGAGAGCGCGAUAACGACGUUAUUUUCCGCGGCUCACAUACCGUUAUCGCCAUAUCACGCUGCUAAUCAAAAGAAACAAAAACACAUUAUAUAUAACAUGCACAACUAAAGCGACGAUAAUUUUACUACACACAGAAGUGUUUUAUUGGACAAUGCAUGAAAGAGAUAUACAGUUGCUUUGUGUGCAAAAGACUAAUGGCAAUAUAAUUAUUGGACCAGUUCGCUCUAAUAUAGGAUAUUUCUACGAUAUCCUGGUUUGCUCAGAGCGUCGAAAAAUAUUAUAGGGCAUCCGAGUGAUAUUAAAAGUUUACUAAAACUUUUAAUUAAAAUUUUGGUAAAACUUUUAACAGCACUUCUCAAAAAUUCAUCCUGAAUAGUAUAUUUCCAUAUAAAAAUCUAAAAAUAUUUAGAAUUUUUCCUUCCAAAAGGAAAGAAAUACAAUCAAUACAAUUAAACAGUUUUAUUCAUACAAAAUUAGAGCUUGUUAAAAGUAUGUGACAGAUAUUUUUCACAUCAGUCUUGAAACAAGAAAAAAAUAUGUUUCAUUUUUUGCAAUACGCCAUAGUAACGCGAAGGAAAUUCCAAUAAAAUAUUGAAGAGGUUUAAGAGACAUUCCAAGGACAUCCACAUGUAUUCUAAAAAAUAUCCCAUUACAAUCAUCAAACUAAUGAAUGGAUAAUUAAUCAUUGCAGAUAUAUGCGCUACAUCGUAUUAUAGAUUAAAGCUAACCGUCCAAAGAUCUUUAAGGAUACAUUAAGCGGACAUCCUUGGAACCAUAUAUUUUGCUAUAUGAGAAAAGUGAUACUGAGAAGAAAUCUUACUCAUUGAUUUUAUUCGUAUUUGAUCGACCAAAAGCAUAACGAUAGAACCGAAAUAGAAUAUAAUUAAAAAAUUUAAUAUAUGCGUAAUCUAUCGAUUGUAUAAAUGACAGCAUAUCGCAAUAAAAUUGUAUAACGAAAAAAAUUUUAUUCCCCGCUUCGCGAUUGAAGCAAAUCUGCGACGGAUCUGAAAUCGAUUUGAGGAUGUUGUCCGUCAAUUCGUAAAUGCGCGUCGCGAAACUUCCACGCGCAAAUGUGAGAGAACGUCGCUUUUCUUUGCGUUUGCGUAUUUUCCUGAGUGUUGCGCAACUCCGUUAUUUUUACGAUUGCUACAACGUGUCGUAAAAUAGAAAAUUGGAAUUCUGAGGAAGAAACGUAACGACGCGUUUAUUUUUGUAUCAAAUGCAGUAAAGCGAUCGUUCAAUUGUUUGUUUGUAAAUAUCUUUUGUAUAUAUUUUUUAAAUAUCAAUAGUUGACUAAUGUGAUUAAAUCCAACGAUUUAAAUAAAAUAUUUAUU